AUGGCCAUUGCAAAGCAAAGCAUCUUGAGAUUUGGCUUCAAAUGGCUCUUCCUUGCAGCUUUUAUGCUAGCCUGUGAUGGACAAGGUGGAAAGAGAGAGAACGGGGGUCCUGCCUGUUACGGGGGAUUUGAUUUGUAUUUCAUUCUAGACAAGUCAGGAAGUGUCCUGCACCACUGGAAUGAAAUCUAUCACUUUGUGGAGCACUUGGCCCGCAAGUUCAUCAGCCCCCAGCUGAGGAUGUCCUUCAUUGUGUUUUCAACUAGAGGGACCAUUCUAAUGAGGUUAACAGAAGACAGGGAACAGAUCCGCCAGGGGCUGGAAGAGCUGCAGAAAGUCCUUCCAGGAGGUGACACGUACAUGCAUGAAGGCUUUGAAAGGGCAAGUGAACAGAUUUACUAUGAAAAUGUUCAUGGUUACAGAACUGCAAGUGUCAUCAUUGCACUGACAGAUGGAGAACUCCAUGAAGACCUGUUUUUCUACUCUGAGAGGGAGGCUAACCGGUCGCGUGACCUGGGAGCAACAGUGUAUUGUGUUGGUGUGAAAGACUUCAACGAGACCCAGCUGGCCAGAAUUGCCGACAGCAGAGAUCAUGUCUUCCCAGUGAAUGAUGGCUUUGAAGCCCUGCAGGGCAUCAUAGACUCUAUCCUGAAGAAGUCCUGUAUAGAAAUCCUGGCAGCGGAGCCUUCCAGCAUAUGUGCAGGGGAGUCGUUUCAGGUGGUUGUGAGAGGAAAUGGAUUUCGCCAUGCCCGGAACGUUGACAGGGUGCUCUGCAGCUUCAGGAUCAACGACACCCUUACCCUCAAUGAGAAGCCUUUUGUAGUGGAAGAUACCUACUUACUGUGCCCAGCACCUGUGCUGCGAGAAGUUGGCAUGGAAGCAGCUCUUCAGGUCAGCAUGAACGAUGGUCUGAGCUUCAUCUCCAGCUCCGUCAUCAUCUCCAGCACACACUGUUCAGAUGGGACCAUCCUGGCUAUCGCUUUGUUGAUCCUCUUCCUCCUGCUGGCCUUGGUUCUUCUCUGGUGGUUCUGGCCUCUUUGCUGCACAGUGAUCAUCAAAGAGCCCCCCCCUCCUCCUGCAGAAGACAGCGAGGAAGAAGAUGACGAUGGCCUUCCAAAAAAGAAAUGGCCAACGGUAGAUGCCUCUUAUUAUGGUGGACGAGGAGUUGGUGGCAUCAAACGAAUGGAGGUGCGCUGGGGAGAAAAGGGCUCCACAGAAGAAGGUGCUAAGUUAGAGAAAGCCAAGAACGCCCGGGUGAAGAUGCCAGAGCAGGAAUACGAGUUCCCUGAACCCAGGAACCUGGCGAACAACAUGCGGAGGCCUUCGUCUCCUCGGAAGUGGUACUCCCCAAUCAAGGGGAAGCUGGAUGCUCUCUGGGUCUUGCUGCGGAAGGGUUACGACCGUGUGUCUGUGAUGCGCCCACAGCCAGGAGAUAAG